AUGGACAAAUUGCGUGAAAUAUGUGAGUCGGAAGGUGUUGAUGUUGGUGAGGGUGAGGUGUUACACCAGGCCGUGGAUACUUGUGAUGGAGACCUUCGCCGUGCGCUUACAGCGUUGCAAUGCUGUCAACGAUUGCUCGGCAAGAUUACUGCAGAAGGACUUAUUGAGGUGACCGGACUGGUUCCAGAUAAAUUAGUCAAUGAAUAUCUGAGUAUCAAGAACUAUAGUGAAUUGGAGCAAUUUGUUGAAAAGUUUCUAAUGGAUGCAUAUUCCGCAUCUCAGUUGUUAGAGCAGUUGAGUGCGACGGUGGUGAACAGCGGCCAUUUGACGAACAAACAAAAAUGCUGCAUAAGCGAGAAGCUAGCUGUUUGCUCCCACAGGCUCCUAGAUGGCGGGGCUGAAGUCAUGCAACUCACCGACUUGGGCUGUACAAUAAUCAUGGCCAAUAAUAACCCCUAAAUCUCACCCCUUUUCAAUUUUCUAAGUAUAAAUGUAUGAGUCAAAGCGGUUGAAAUUGUUUUGCUUGUCAGGUUCUUAUUCUUUUCGUUUUCUAAGAACCGUGCUAUUGUUUCGGUAAUAUAACGAUUUGUUGCGA